AUGCUGUCGAUAGAUAUCCAGCAGAAUGAUUACAAGACACUAACUCAAACAUAUAUGGAGUUUUUCAACUCCAAGCAAUUUGCCAAUUUUCUCAAUACAACUCAAACAGGAUCAGCUCAUUCAACAUCCGGUAUUGAUUUCUCAGUGUUUAUGAAGACGUUAUUUACAUCUAUAUGCUUCUGCACCAUUCAGCUAACGCUAUUUUGUCUAUUACGAUCAGUGUUUAACUCCCUCUACCAACCACGAUGUUUUUGCGUUCCUAUUAAUGAAAGAAUGGAAGUGUUACCAAGAGGAUUUUUGAAAUGGGUUGUACCAACAUUGAAAAGUAGUAUAAACACAUAUUUAUCAUUGGGAUUGGAUGCCUAUUUCUUCAUCAGGUUUAUUUCCGUCUUGUCCUUAUUUUUCCUUUUUAUUGGCUCAUUGAAUAUGAUUAUCUUGAUCCCCAUCAACUUCACUAGUGGUGAUACAAAAUAUACUGCAUCUGGAUUGGACAAAUUGAGUCUCUCAAAUAUCUCAAAAUCAAAUGUCACCAGAUUGAAUGCUCAUUUUGUAAUGGGGCUAAUCACUAUAGGGUUGUUCCAUUGGAUGAUCAUUUACGAAUUUCAAAGUUUUGUCACAAUUCGACAAUCCUAUUUGUUGUCUGAAUCACACAAAAAUUCAAUCAUGGCAAGAACCUUGCUAAUUUUCAAUGUCCCUGAUUAUUUGCAAGAUGAAGCUGUACUCAAAGACUUGUUUCAGCUGGUUCCUGGUGGAAUUAGGAACAUCUGGCACGUAUACGAUUUCGAAACAAUUGGAAAUCAAGUGGGGAAAGCACGCGAUGCAUUAAUGUAUUUGGAAAUGACGCAAAUAUUGACAUUGACAAAGUAUUAUCGUAAAACUUGGCUUAAACUGAAUACUGAUGCUGACAAGUUCUUGCUGCAAACAGACAUCAAAUUCUACCCGCCAAUCUAUUGCAAGUUGAUUAGAAUCCCACUAAUUGACCGUCAUAUCAAGUUGAAGCUUCCUGGCUGGAUAAGGAUUUUCGCUUUACAAAAUCGGGUAUCUAUGUUGACAUGGUCAUUGGAAACAUUGACAAAAUGUCAAGUUAUAAUUGAUGACGAAAAUCAAAAGCUAUUAAGCAACGGCUUGACAAAACACAACAAGGUGUUUAUUGAGUUUGAAGAUCAAAAGGGAGCAUGCAUUGCUCAUCAAACACUUUUGUCACAAAGUCAAGGAUGUUUGGACAGAACAUUGAUCGAAGUUCAUCCUGACGAUGUCAUAUGGGGAAACAUAUCACGUACUGACGGUAUUGCUUGCAAGUUUGAAAAAUACUUGGUCACAUUGAUCCUUGUCACUGUUGUAGUCUUAUAUGUGGUUCCUGUGUCAUUAAUUGGAUUGGUUUCACAAAUACCGUUACUCACCAAACUUAUGCCGUUUCUCAACUGGAUCUAUCAAUUACCAGAAGAAGCACGGGAAACAAUUUCUGGGUUUCUCCCGUCAAUAUUACUCACCAUAUUAACCGAAACUGUCAUGACAUUAUUCCGCUUUUUAUCAUACUUCAAGGGGAAAGCAACAGGAAGCGAAGUUGAAAUGGAUUUGCAACGUUGGUAUUUCGCAUUCUUGUUUGUUCAGCAAUUUCUUGUCGUGACCAUUCUGUCCAGUGUUACCGUUAUUUGCCGACAAAUCAUUGACCAACCUACUUCAAUACCGGUCUUGUUGGCAACGAACUUGCCCAAAUCGGCAACGUUUUUUUUCCAAUACAUUUGCCUCCGUGCUUUUGCCCUCUGUGGUAAUAGUUUUCUCAGAAUAAAACAGCUUCUUUUGACCAACACUUGGUAUAAAGUGGUAGAUUUGACACCACGACAAAAAUUUAAUAGAAUCACUACCCUUCCUGAAAUCAAAUGGGGCACCACAUUUGCAGUAUAUUCAAUUUAUGCAAGCAUUGGCAUCUCAUAUUCAAUCAUAUCCCCCCUCAUUUCGAUAUUCAUCAUUUUUUUCCUCAACUUGUCAAUAUUGUACUACAAGUAUGCUUUAAAAUAUGUAUUUAGUCACAUAAACCGAUCAGAAACUAUGGGGAGACUUUACCCCAGCGCAUUGUUACACUUGUAUGUUGGAAUUUAUUGUCUUGAAUGUUGCCUAAUUGGAGUGCUUUUUGUCCUGAAAGAUUCACGAGGGUAUUGUCCCAUGAAGUACCAAGGGUUUGUAAUGACUUGGGUAUUGUUUUUCACAAUUUUUGCAAACUCAUUGAUUUAUAACCGUUAUGUCCCAUAUUUUUCCAACUUGCCCAUAUUAUCAGAUAAAAUAUACAAGGAUGAUAAGAAAUGUGAAACGUCAGCCACGAGCACAAAAGUUGAAGUAAAUCAUGAUACAUUGUUCUUGCACCCUGCUUUUAAAUAUGAACCUCCCAAAAUAUGGCUACCACGAGACCCCAAUGGGUUUAGUCAAUUGCAACUUGCGCAAAUACAAGCAAAAAUGGCGACACUAGUAGGGCAAACCGAAGGUGCAUACGCAUCAUUGGGUAAACUUUUCAGUCUCAAAGUUGUCAUUACCGAUGCACCACCGGAUUACAAGUGA